AUGGCGGCUUACAGCUCCUUCCUUGAUCAAUCGGCUUCUCUCAAGUUUAAUCGUAUAAAUAAUACUGCUACAAUUAGAAUCAGUGAUGAAAAGUUAACAAAGGAAACUAGAUGUGGAAAGUAUCUGAGAAGAAUUGUCAACUCUGCGGGAUAUUUGUUUGUUUUGUGUCUCUUUGCUCUAGCUUGCCUUCAUUCUUACAAGUUCGUUGCGGAAGUUUGGAAUGUCAAUGUAGCUGGCAAAGUUGCAAGCAAGACUCCCAUUCGAGCAGACCAGUGCAGUGUGGAUGAAAACAAUAGGUUCGACUGCUUUCCUGAGAAAAAUGGAGCGACAGAAUCGCUGUGUCUGAGUCGCGGCUGUUGUUGGAAGGAGGUGCCACAACCAGAUACGGCACCAUUUUGUUUCUAUCCAACAAACUACAGUGGGUAUACGGCUUCCAAUGUGAAGCAGACAGCUACAGGCAUAACAGCAACUCUACAGAGGCUCACUAAUUCUCCCUUCCCUCGCGAUGUGAAAACGCUACAACUGUUCGUGGAAUAUCAGACCGAAACUAGGCUACGCAUUAAGAUUUAUGACCCUAACAGCACAAGAUAUGAAGUGCCCCUGGAUACGCCAUCUGGAAGUCAUGUCCCUGGGACCACCCUGUAUACAGUAACAGUUGAAGAGAACCCAUUCAACAUUGUAGUCACCAGAACCAGCACAGGAGCUACCAUAUUUGACACUAGAAACACGGCUCCACUGAUCUUCAGUGACCAGUUCCUGCAGAUUGGCACACAGUUGUCCACAAAAUACCUGUAUGGCUUUGGAGAGCAUCGGAACAACUUCCUCCAGGAUGUGUCCAAGUGGAGGAGACUUGUGUUCUGGACCAGAGAUAAUCCACCACAGAUUGAUAACAAUGGGUAUGGUUCUCAUCCUUUCUUCUUGAACCUGGAGACGGGAGGGCCAGCAUCAAACUCUUAUGCUCAUGGAGUCUUCUUACUCAACAGCAAUGCUGGAGAAGUUGUAUUGCAACCUUUUGGUCAGAAUCAAGCAGGGGCCGUCACCUAUCACUUCCUUGGUGGAAUCUUGGAUUUCUAUAUUUUCACUGGACCCAGCCCCAUCUAUGUUGCAGCUGAAUAUGCAGAGGUCAUAGGUCUGCCAUAUUUCCCCCCAUUCUGGUCGCUGGGGUAUCACUUGUGUAAAUGGGGCUAUGAUACUUCUGCAGGUUUAAAAGCCGUGAUAGACAGAAACAGGCAGGCACAGAUACCAUACGAUGUCCAGUGGAAUGACAUUGACUACAUGAAUGGCGAGAAAGAUUGGACCUAUGACCACACUAGAUUUGGUGACCUGCCAAGUAUUGUUGAGGAACUUCAUGCUAACAAUCAACGUUACAUCAUCAUGGCUGACCCGGCCAUUUCUAAUGAACAACCACCAGGAACCUACCCGCCUUAUGAUGAUGGUGUUCAGCUAGAUGUCUUCGUCAAGAACGACACUAACAACAUUCUAAUUGGUCAGGUUUGGCCAGGAAAAGCCGCAUUUCCAGAUUUUUUUCAUCCAAAAGCUGUUGAUUAUUUAUAUAAGCAAGCCAAAACAUUUCACGAUCAGUUACAGUUUGAUGGAUUGUGGAUUGAUAUGAAUGAGCCGUCAAACUUUGUAGAUGGUUCAGUAUUUGGCUGCACCAAUAACCAGUUGAACAAUCCACCAUUUAUUCCUCCAACAAUUGAUGGAGGCAAGCUGCAGUCAAAAACACUUUGCCCUUCAGCCAAGCAAGCCAUCUCCACCCAUUACAAUUUACAUAACAUGUAUGGAUGGUCCCAGGCUAAUGUCACUAGAAGAACACUCAAUCUUCUGUACGGUGGUAACAAGAGGUCAGUAAUCAUCUCAAGGUCAUCAUUCGCUGGCAGCGGAAAAAAUACAGGACAUUGGUUGGGGGAUAACCACUCCAGCUUCAGCGAGAUGUUUUACUCUGUACCGGGUAUUCUGAACUUCAACCUGUUUGGAAUUCCUCAAAUUGGAGCAGACAUCUGUGGCUUUGGAGGAACCACAACCCCAGAGCUCUGCACCCGUUGGCACCAACUUGCUGCAUUUUAUCCAUUUAUGAGGAACCAUGCGGACAUUGGCUCACCCGCCCAGGACCCAGGAUCCUUCCAGCCUCCAUUCAGAGAUUACAUAAAGACUGCCAUAGAGUUGAGAUACAGACUUCUGGCUGUGCUCUACACUGCUUUUUACCGGGCACACACUCAAGGCUUGCCCAUUGUCAGGCCUCUGUUUUAUCUAUACCCUGGAACUGAAACCAUUGAUAAACAGUUUAUGUGGAGUGACCAGCUACUUGUUUCCCCUGUCUUCGACCAGGGAGCCACGACCGUCCAAGCUUUUAUUCCAGAUGAUGUGUACUAUGAUUUCAACACUGGAGCUCUAGUAUCACAACGAGGUCAGACAGUACAGUUAAAUGCUUCCAUUGAUCAUAUCAAUGUCCAUGUUCGCGGGGGAUCCAUCUUACCACUCCUGCCUGUCACCCAGCGGACUGACCUCUCACGCCAGGAGAAGUUCCAGCUGCUGGUUGCUGUAGCUGCAGAUGGCAGUGCCAAUGGGGAGCUGUUCUGGGAUGAUGGAGAGAGUAUUGACAGCAUCACAGGAAACAAGUACUCUCAAAUUUACUUCAACCUGACCACUGCUAACCACCUUGACAGCCUUGUCAUCAAGGCAGGUUACAGUGCAGCCCAAGGAGUCAAACUUGGCUCUGUCACAUUCUAUGGCAUAAAUAAUGGCCCAGGUAGUGUCAGUGUCAAUGGAGCACCCGCCACAUUUGACUACGAUGCGGCCUUGAAGAUUGUACGAGUGACUAAUCUUGAUGUGGACUUACUGAAACCCUUGUCCCUGUUGCUGAACUGA